UGAUUCUGCAUUUCCGGGACGGCUGCAUUGUUUACCAACAGCCCUCCUCCUUGUCAGUUUUGGCACACUGCUCUGGAUGGCUGAGCAGAGCCAUCCAGAGCAGUGUGCAUACAGUGAAGCACACACCCCCGCCUCCUAGUAAAACACUCCCUACACACAGUUAACCAUUUGAUUACCCCUCAUGUUAACCCUUUCCUCCGCAGUGCCAUUAGUACAGUGUCAGUGCUUUUAUUUAGCACUGAUCACUGUAUUGGUGUCACUGGAGAUGUCAGGGACACCAAGUCAGUUUCUCCCAGUGUCAGAAUGCCCAUCACAGUCCUGCAGUCCCGCUAUA